ACUUAGUAAGCGCGAUUUUCCAGUCUCAUCGUUUCUCUAGUGAUUGCGCGUCGGAGGUUUGACGAAAAGGAUUCUAGGGAUUUAGUCCGAGUACAACGCUCCGACCAUUUUAAUGGUUAUCUGGUAGUGGAGUAUAAUGACAGAUUUCAGUGAUAAUUGUCUAUCUGGCUUGAGUGACGAAGAAGUCAGUCUUAAUCUAAAGAAUCGCUUGUCAAAUCAUAACAGUACAGGAAAGAAUAUGAGCUCGUUUAACAGGAUGUCUGGUAACCAUAAGCAAGGCGGUGCUCUUCAGCAGUUAUCACGUCUUCUUGGGCAAACUAUGAGACUAGAAAAUGUGGCUGACUUGAAAGAGGUACUCAAAUCAGUUGGUACUGGUUAUCAGCGUGGCCUCCCAACAAUACCAAUAAAUGAUCUUCGUGGUGAAGAAGCUGCUGCCUAUCCUCGGGAGGAUUGCGUGUUGAGACGUAGUUUGGCUGCUCUGUAUCGUUUGAUUGAUAUGAGAGGAUGGACGCAUUCAAUUUAUAACCAUAUAUCUGCAAGGUGCACUACAAAUCCCAAUCAUUUCUUAAUUAACCCUUUCGGGUUACUCUAUCAUGAAAUUCAAGCCUCUAGUUUAGUAAAAAUAGAUGCAAACGGUAAUAUAGUUGAUCAAGGUAGCUCAGUGUUAGGUGUAAAUAAGGCUGGUUGGACUCUUCAUUCUGCACUACACUCAGCUCGUAAAGAUAUUAAUUGCAUUAUUCACGUUCAUUUGGCUGAUGUAAUAGCGGUUUCGUGUCUUCGCGCAGGGCUCAUGCCUGUCAGUCCUGAGGCCAUUGAACUAGUGUCAAAUCAUGGAGUUCGCUAUCAUGAGUAUCGAGGUAUUCUGGUAGAUGAGGCAGAACGUUCUAGCAUUGUGAAAGAUCUAGGCUCUAAAGCAAAGGUGUUGUUUUUACGAAAUCAUGGUGUGGCAGUUACUGCUUCUAGUAUUCCCGAAGCAUGGUAUCUCGUUAAACGAGUAAUAGCUGCUUGUCAAACCCAAAUGCGAUUGAUGCAACUAGGGAAUAUGACAAGUUUAUUGUCUGAUUUAAAGGACAGUGCUGUGCAGCUAACAGACGGUCAAGCUGACCAGUCAGAAGAAAUAGGAUCAAAUGUCAUAGAUCAAAGUAAAAAUGGUCAUACAUCAGUGAAUGGUAAAGCUGGCAGUGAUAAUGGAGAUAUUUCAUGGACACCAGCAGAAUUAGAAUUUGAGGCUGAAAUGCGUGUUCUGGAUAGUGCUGGUUUCAGAACUGGUCAUGUUUAUCGUCAGCCUAAUUUACUGAGACGCACACAUCCUGGUUCAUCGUGGCCAGGAGACACAUAUGGUGACCAAAUAACAGCGGCUGAUUUACUGACAACGGACUUUUCCACUAAUGAGUUCAGUGGAGUUGAAGAUUUAGCUGCAGCUGAAGCAGCGGGCGCUGAACAAGUGUCUAGAAUUGUUGAUCAUGUCCGUGCCAGUCGCCAAAAAAAUGCACAACGAAAUCAGUGGUUAGCAAAAGCUAAUGAACCACCACAAAACGGUAUGGCACCGAACAAACGAAUUAAUGAUUCCUGUGUAAAUAAGAGUGCAACACUACCUGCCAAUGUACAGCAUUUGUCUGUAAUGUCGAACUCAAAUACCCUCCAAUCGGUUGAUGGUGAUCUUUUGAAUAAUAAUGUUGAGGGAAGUAAAACGCUUGAGAAAAAGAUCAAAAAGAAAGGAAGCUUCCGAAUGCCAUCAUUUUCCAGAAAGAAGAAACACUAGCAAUAAAAUUACAUUGAUGUCUACUACACACCUGCUUGUAUUUGUUUCCAUUUUCAUGCAUUCACUUUAAUGUCUCUGUGGUCAUAUAUAUUACUAUAAUACAGCUUUAUCUAAAUUUAAAAUAACGGCUAACUGAAAUAAUUUGAAAAUUGUUAUUGCAUAAAGAUAUACAGUCAUCAGAUGUUAGUGGUGUUUUCCCCUGUUUUAUAUUAUGCUCUUAUAUUAAUUUUCCUUACUGAUUGUUGGAGUUUUCUUUUUCCUUACUUAUCAUUUAUCUUUUUUUGCCAAUUGUUAACCACUCGAUAACUUCACUUGAUAUCUGUUAUUUUUUGUUCAGUUUUUCUGUAUGUGUGUGAUCCUGCCUUCAUUCGAAUUGCUAUAUAGCUUUUUAAUGAUAAUAAUCAUUGUUUUACAAUGUCUGAUCAUUAGUAUUAAUGGUCCACAAACAUGUUUUGCUUACUGAACUAUUUGUUCGGUACUUCAAAAAAUUCACAUAAUCCCACUGUCUCAAGGAGAUAUCAGUUCUUGAAUAUUUUCUAACAUGAUUAAAGAAGAAACACUUCUCUUCACUAAUUUCCAUCUCGGGAAAUAGAAUUUUUAGCAUUCUAACACAAGUGUAUGUGGAAUAACACUGUAUGAAAUUUUGAUUUCCUCUUUCUCAUACUGUGAAUAUUCAAUUAUAUAAACACCAAUCAGUCUUUUACUCCAGAGAAUUUCUCAUUUAUAAAGUCCUCAACUCUUUUUCUCCUUUAUCAGAUAUGAAUCAUUAUUGUGGUUUAACAGUGUAUGAGUUAUAUAUAAAUUUGUUUACAUUUUAUCAGGAAUAUGAUAUGCUAUUCCUCUUUUUUGUACUUUAAAGUCUUGAAAAUUCGGUCAUUUUCCGUUCUUCCUUCCAACUCAGCCCAUAUUUUUUUGUUGAUUUCAUCUAAUUCAUUAAUGUCUCAUUUCUUUCGUAUCUCCAUCUAAAGUUUGUUCAAUUGUUCAGCUUAGUGUUCUUGGUUAUGUGCUUACGAGUCUAUGGCUCUCCUUGUAACAUCGUGUCGACAAACAGUAUACUCGGAACUUGUUUUUUUGACGUUUAUUAUUAUAUUCUGAAUAAUAUUAUUUUAGUCUAAUUACAAUAGAAUUUUUUGUUUGGUUAUUGAAUAUGCCUGAAGACUAAAUUUUUUACGAUGGAAAUUUUAUUUGUUGUGGACGUUAUUCUUUUUAGAUAUUCAGUUAGGUGUAUAUCAAUUUUUCUAUUCGCGAAUCCGAAAAGAACCGCUGUUGUAUGCUAACUCAUGGGAUUAUCGUCUAAAUCAGAAUCAUGAUACAUUUUUAUUGUGUAUAAUUCUGUUUACAGAUGGUUAAAUUUGGAAAAUUGGAUUCCUUAAACGGUAAACCGUUGAAAAAUCUUACGAACGCAAUGCAUUAUCAUAGUGUUAUUUAACCGCUAGCCGAAAUUUAUUUACAUAUUACUCUUUAAUUUAUUACAUUUAAUCUGAAUCUCUAUAAAGAUUUAUUGUGAACAUUUAGUUAAAGUAUAUAUCAUAACAGUGUUUAGUUAGCAUUCAUAGGAUUUGGAAUAUUUUAAUCGUAUUUAUAUCUAGGAAAAACAAUUUGCUGUUUAAGUGAUUUCGUAAUGAACUAUUUUGAAUCCGUGACACUACGCCCUGAAACUGAAUAUCUUGAUUAACUAAUUUAUGCUUAAUGAGAAAUAUUUCCUGCUAAAUACAAAAGUACAGGUCUAGUAAGAACACCUGUGCAUAAUACAUUGUCUUACAAACCGUUACAUAAUUAUGAGAUACCGUCCUUUACUUUAUAGAUUUACUUUAACUACUUGAGAUUGCUUCUUUCAUGACGCAUAUGUUUCAUUGAAUUGUACAUGAUUUCUAAAAUACAUUGCAUGGAGUAGUGAGAUUUUUUACAACUGAGUAACUUCAACAGAAUUCAAGCCAUUUUUAUACUUCAACUAAUUUAAUGAUCAGAUUAUGCGGUUCGAUUGUUGUCUUAAGUAUAAAGAUUGCUAAUUGAUGGCCAUUUUGUCUUUUCGCCCAAUUUAUAUUUGGACUUAAUAUUCCAUGUUUUGAUAGGUAUCUUUUAUACAGAGUUUUUGCAAGAAAAAUGUUGCUGAAAUAUUCAUCUUUUGUACAAAUUAUCUUAAAAUUGUUAACGUAGGUUUAAACCCAUUAUUUUACUUUAAACUAGGAUUGUUUUAAUCGUUAUUUCAAAAUAACUUGUUUUUUGUUUGGAUAUAUUGCAUUCGGUUAUCCUAAGUAAUGUCAAUUGCCGGUUAUUUCUGAAAACUAUUGUUCUUUAGU